AUGGAAGGGGGUAUGCCUACACCCACAUAUGGGGGAAGUGUUAAUACCGGUGCCGAAUGGGAUUAUGUCAAUGGACGAAGCAGUCGAACACCUUCCCGUUCACCUCAUCGAUCUCAUCCUGACACCCACACACAUCAUCUUUCCCUAUCGCAAGAUACCAACGGCAAUAUGAAUUAUUCCGGUGGACCGGGAGGAUCAUUACCUCCACGUACACCACCCACCUCCUUUCCCGCCCAACCUCAAGAACCCACAAUCAGCGAAGAAGCCGCCGCCGUCAUAUCGCGAAGUGUUAAACAAUCUCAACCCAACCCACAAGCUAGCUCUAGUAGGAAUGGUAAAUCUCGUUCGAGAAUGGUGGGUGAUUGGCAACUUCAGAAAACGCUAGGACAAGGGAGUAUGGGUAAAGUUAAAUUGGCUACGAACGUCAUCAGUAAUGAAAGGUGCGCUGUCAAGAUCAUCCCCAGAUUCUCUGAGAGCACUCGAAGGGAUGAACCACGUUCUCCUGAGGAAGCGGAAAAGUUGCGACAAAAAGACGAAUCCAAAGAAGUCCGAACGGUUCGAGAAGCGGCUAUUUCAUUACUCCUCCAUCAUCCAUAUGUCUGUGGUAUGAGAGAAUUCAUCACUCAUACGCAUCAUCACUACAUGAUCUUCGAAUUCAUCGACGGCGGUCAAAUGCUUGAUUAUAUCAUUUCCCAUGGUCGAUUGAGGGAACGUGCAGCUCGCAAAUUUGCUCGUCAGAUAGCUUCGGCUUUGGAUUAUUGUCAUCGAAACUCCAUCGUUCAUCGAGAUCUGAAGAUUGAAAAUAUUCUCAUUAGCAAAAACGGAAAUAUCAAAAUCAUCGAUUUUGGACUUUCCAACUUGUAUUCCCCUCAAAGACAUUUAUCGACUUUUUGUGGAUCGCUGUAUUUCGCUGCGCCCGAAUUGCUCAACGCCAAACUGUAUACCGGUCCAGAGGUCGACGUGUGGUCUUUCGGUAUCGUUCUAUACGUACUGGUCUGUGGUAAAGUCCCCUUCGACGACCAAAGCAUGCCCGCUUUACACGCCAAGAUCAAACGAGGUUUGGUGGAAUAUCCCGCUUGGUUGAGUACGGAAUGUAAAUCGAUACUUGCUCGUAUGCUGGUGACCAAUCCCGCGGAUAGAGCUACGUUACAAGAAGUCAUGAAUCACCCUUUCAUGACCAAAGGCUAUGACGGACCACCAGACUCACACUUGAUCCACCGAGAGCCACUUCGAGCAGAUGAUCUCGAUCCGGAAGUCAUCAAUGCCAUGGGAGGAUUCACUUUUGGAACUCCUGGACAAAUCCACGACGAGCUCCGAGCCGUUCUGACGAGCGACCUGUACACUUCAACCGUAACGUCUUGGGAGGCACGUAGAGUGCGACGAGGUCCAGCUGCUUCAACUUCGUCGAUGGCGUUGAGCGAUACUUCUGAAUCACCCAAGAAGAAACGAUUCAGUGGCUUCGACUUCAAACGCAAGCUCUUUCGAGAGGAGAAGAAGGUGGAGGAACCGCCACCGAAAGAAAAAGAUCCUGUAGAUCCUACUCAAGGGUUUGACCCUUUGAUAUCGAUUUAUUUUCUCGCCAGAGAAAAGAUGGAAAGAGAAAAGGUUUAUGGAAAAGGUCAUUUCGCUUCUUCUCAAGGAUCCUUCGAUGUUCAACCUCAAGCGUCUGGUUAUGGAAGGGCUUUACCAAGUCUACCUAUCCCACCUUCUACUCAUACGAUGGGAUACGAAGUUCCUCCUCCGAAUGAUUAUGGUCCCCAACCUCGUAUGCGUGCCGAUGACGUUCCAUCACCAAUAAUGAAACAUCCUUCUGUAGCUGGAGAAAACAGUAAUCUCGCUCAUAUUCCUACCGCUCAUCAACGACAACCAUCACUUCAUCAACCCCCUUCACCUCUUCAACCCAGCGCAAUGGAUCGAGAUGAAAGUUCGUUAUCCAGACGAUUCGGUUUAUUGGGCCGAACACCUAAAUCACCCAUGACCGCACCUCUACGAUCCAGUUCAACUCGUGGACAAGUCCCUCCUUCUACUUCUUUACCCCCAGAUCGGGCUCGAGCAGGUACUUACGGAGAAAAGAAACAUGAGCGUAGAGUUUCAGUCGGUAGUAUUUCUUCAAUAGGUCGAACAAGUUUAGGUAGAAGAUCAUCAUCUCGGAAACCCGCUACUUCAGAUAGUCCAUGGGACGCUCCUAGAGAAGCAGACGAAAAUCGAACUCCGACACCUGAAGAAGUUGAAACGGAUCAGAAUCAAGGUUCGAACGGAUAUAUUAAACCCGUUUAUCUCAAAGGAUUAUUUUCAGUCUCUACGACAUCUACAAAACCCGCCGCGGUUCUCACUCGUGAUAUUCAUAAUGUUUUGGAAAGGUUAGGAAUCAAACAUCGACUUAUAAAAGGAGGAUACGAAUGUGUACAUGUACCAUCCAUCGAUCUCAAUUCUGUGUUACAUGGAGAUGAAGCGAGUACUUCUUUAUCAAACGUUCAUAAAACACCGACUACCAACGGGAUCGGGACGAAAAGAAAGAAUUCAUUGAAGGAAAAAGGAAGUAAACAACAAAUGUAUUCUCCUGCACCUUCUGGAGCCAUGGCUUCUAGAGGUCCCAGUCCUUUGAGACAAACUUCAAGUGGGACGGUGAGCGCUGAUGGAGAGAAGAAUGGGAAUGGGAAUGGACAUGGACAUGGGAAUGAAGAUUAUGGGAUGCGAAGAGGGAGGGAUGAAGAUGCUGAUGCUUGGGCUUCGGUAGGUGAAGCGGGUAGUAGGUUGAUUGUGAGGUUUGAGAUUAGUGUUGUGAAGGUCCCUUGGUUACCUCUACACGGUAUACAAUUCCGUCGUGUCGGAGGUGACGGAUGGCAAUACCAAAUGUUAGCCAAAACGAUAUUACGUGAAAUGCGAUUGUAGGGAUGGUUUGUGCAUGUUGAUUGAGGUUUGGACAAUGAGUUUUGGAUAAUUUUCAUCUAGCUCUACAUGUAAGAAUGAAUGACGAAUUUUGAUGAUG